AUGACAACUCAAAAAACUGGCAAUUUUUUCUCACAAAUAUUUUCGGAAAUUCCUGACUUAGAAAAAGAAGAAAAAUCUCGACAGGAAAGUAAUUCUAUAAAACGAGCAAUUCGUCAGUUAUUUAUACCUGACAGCAAAACAACCGAUGAACUUUUUGAUGCCAACUUACAAAUUGCUGCUGGCCCUCAUUUUCAAUCAGUUAAAAUUGAGGAUGUACAUAUUUAUCGUGGAGAAGAAAAAUUAACUAUUAAAUUUCCACAGUCAUUUGAAGAAUGUAAUUUUGAUGUAUCGAUAAUGGAGAAUAUUAAAAAGAAGAAUUACAAAACUCCAACACAAAUCCAAGCAGCUAUGAUUCCUUUGAUUCGGGAUACAGAUUAUGAUAUACUCGGACAUUCACAAACCGGCACUGGGAAAACUGCUGCAUUUUUAUUGCCUAUAAUUGAUGAAAUACAUAAAGGGCAUCAAAGUGGAGAAAUAACUUUUAACAGUGAUUCUCCCUAUGUGAUUGUUCUUGCAACUACUCGUGAAUUGGUUAUGCAAUUAUUUGAGGAUGCACUUGCUUUUGCAUCUGGAACAUCAGUUUCAGUUGCUUAUGCAAUUGGCGAUAUGCCGUCUGGGUAUUCAAUAAGAACCCUCAAAAAAGGAUGUGAUAUAUUUAUUUCUACAAUUGGCAAACUUUGUGAUUAUUUGGCCUAUUCUGUUAAACCAAAACACCGAACAAUCAUGUUAAGUGCCACUUUUGAUGUUGAAACUCUUAAUGAUAUUAAAAAUGAAUUUAUGGCAGAAAAUCAUUGCUGGGUCCGUGCUGGUGCGGUUAAUCAAGUUGUCAACACAAUUACGCAAAAAAUAUUGAAAGUUGCUCAUUUUCAAAAAAGACAGACACUUUUGAAAAUUCUUUUGGAAAAGUCAACAACUUUAAAUCAGCCAUUUGAAGAAACAAUUUAUAAAACUGAGAAAACAGUCAUUUUCAUUCAUGGACGUCGUGAAUGUGACCGCCUGUCAAUUGUUUUAGCAUGUGAAGGAUUUAGAGUAAUUCCAGUAAAUACGCAUAGAACAUUGAAACAAAGAACUGAAGCAGUGGAAAAAUUUAAGAAAGGAGAAUACGAUAUUCUUGUUUCAAAUGACCUUUUAGCACGAGGAAUGAAUUUUCCGAAUGUUGAUCAUGUUAUAAAUUAUGAUUUGCCUACACCAGAGAAUCUUGUUCAAUAUAUUCAUGCUGUUGGAAGAACAGGCCGAGCGGGAAAUGCUGGACUUGCAACUUCCUUUUUUGAUCCGUUUGGGCCAGAUUCUCUUUUAGCGAAAAGUCUUAUUGUAAUUUUAGAGCAGUCAAUGCAAGUUGUUCCUGAAUUUCUUCGAGAUAUUGUUAGGCACCAACAAAGAAUUGCUGAACAGUGCGAGCAGUAUCAACAUUCUGAUACUUACGAGGAAAUUGGUUUGGAAUGUGAGCCAACAACUAGUAAAGAAUGUUUAAAUUUAAAUUAUAAUGAUACUUGGUAA